AUGCCUCAGACCCCAUCGAUCAAUGGAACGCAGGAGGACUUCGUUCAGUUCGGUGAAUUUGGAUCCGAUGCUGUGAAAGUUGGCAUCAUCGCGGUCGCAUGUCAGAGCGUAGUUUAUGGUGUAUAUGCGAUGCUUUUCAUACUCUCGACCUAUAUCCUCUUACGUAGAGGAUUUCAAUCGAGGGCAAACAUGGCACUGUUGUCCGCCACUACCGUCAUGUUCAUUGUCUCAACAGCAUACCUGUUUCUAUGUGUGGUUAUCACAAUUAUGGAAUUGACACAAGCCGGCAAUCAGCAUUAUGCACACACCCUCGACCAACUAACUGUGGUGCAAGUCUAUGUGCCCGCAAUCAAUUCUGCAAUCAGUGAUGCGGUUGUCAUUUGGAGGGCCUGGGUAUUAUGGGAAGACAAUAGAAAGGUCAUGAUAGUCCCGCUCGUGCUUCUGGUCGGCUCUAUCGCCGCUAUGUGUACAAGCGCAGGAUACGCAAUCUGCACCUUCGUCGUUCACGAUCUUUCUAGUUCAAACCACUGUAACCUGAUGGCCAUGCCUACCGAAAUGAUCGCUUGGGUGCUGUCGCUUGCGACAAAUGUGGCGACUACAUGCUUGAUUGCAUAUAAGGCCUGGGAGCAUCGUCAGUUUAUUAAGACUAAUUUCGACCAUGGCACCGUGAAAUCAAAAGCACAAGGGAUUCUCUCUCUCCUCGUUGAAUCCGGUACAAUUUUUUGCAUCUUAUGGAUCAUAGGAAUUUCUACAAACGCUUCAUUCAUGGUCAAUUCGCGACUUACAAAAGCGUUGUCCGCAGGCGACGCGAUUGCAGAUACAUCUGAGAUUCACCUGAUGGGCAUUUACCCUACCAUAAUCAUUCUGCUCGUAACAUUUCAGAAGACUGUAUGGGGUGAGACAACCGGGGAUAGCUGGACGAUCCAACCAGCAUUCUAUAUCCCGGAUCAGUCAUCAGGAUCAACGUCAAAGAGCAGCCUCGAGCGACAAUGCCCUAACUCCGAAACCAACGAUGUCGAUGACGAAAUUCUCCGAAGUGGUUCUACGGCUAUCACGCCCCAUGCGAGCAUUCAGGACAGUCUCAUGUGGAAGCCCCGGUCAUCUAGCAUUGAUCUGCCACCGCCAAGUAACUCCGUGUAG